AAUGCGAGUUCAAGACAGUUGUGGACUGUGUAGAUGUCCGUUUAAUGGAUAUGGAGACCUCUAGAAUCAGAUUUCACUACAUUCCGUUAAUCUGAGACCAUGCACUGCCCUCUUCAAGUGCUAUGAAGGAAGAACUGGCUUGACUUUUCCGCCCCUCUUUUGGUUCAAAGCACGUUAUUAGACAAGAAACGAUAUUAUCAGUAGAGAACCUUGACGUUCACGGUUUCCUGUGGGGAGUAUAUUCUUAGACGAAAGUGAAACUGCAGACGUCCAUUAAUACACGUCGAUCUUCCUGGACGCAAAAAGUGGUCGUCUGUCUUGACAAGCAAAUGGAGAACUCUUCACAUUUAGGUUUGAGCAGAUGACCAGAUACUCCGAAGUGCAGUUUAUGGUCAGCUCAUGUAGAAACAAGUCAUUACAGAUACACAAUAUUUACAGAAACUGCUCACAUGUAUUGGUACGAGGUAUAUAGAAUCUUGUCUGGAGAAAUAAUAUUUGUAUAUGGCUAGCCCUCUGGAAGUGGAAGCGGCUUGCUUUAGAUAACGGCACAUCCUUUGGUCUGAACUUAAACCCAGAGAAGUGGAUUUAUUGAAAGCUAUCACUUCAGCCUAUGCCAGCAUGGGGAGCGUUUGGGAUUGUUGUGGACAAAAAAACCCUUGUUACGAUACAGAAGACGAGACUAAAGGUUUACUGCAUAGCUCUGCAUCAAAGACAUCAACCAAGGCAGGAACGGAUGUCUGCACCAGUCCAACUCCAGAUGAAGAGCACAGGCAUGAAGAUGAAACAAAACCACAGCUGGGUGAAUCAGUUAUAACCAAACAGCCAAAUGCAAAUGCCCAACUUCUUGAACCAAAGAGCUCUUACUCUGAAACAAUUAAAACAAUGUCAAUAUUAAAUACUGAAGUCCCUCCUGCAGCUGAAGUUAAUCAAAAAGUUUCUCUUGAAACGGCUCCAACAGAAACUGUAAUCUUAGCUACAGAACCACCAAAAACAGAGACUGAAAUCACUGAAGAAAUCCAGAACAUUGCAGCCGAAGUCUCAGAAGCAUCUCCAGAUGAAGCACUUGCGGAGAAUGUUGCCUCAGUGAAAGGGGAGAUAGAGGGUCAAGACAAGUCAGUUGAAGAGUUAGACAUCACAGCUGCUCUGACAGAUGAUGCAGGUGCUACCCCAACAAGUUUAGACUCAACACUCGCACCUGCUCUGGAGACACCUGUUAAGGAAGCACCUGUUCAAGAGGCAACGACGCUUGCUCAGGUAGAAUCUGAGAAGAACUCCUCCGAACCAGAGCCAGAAACACUUGUGGAGAUGAUAGGUGUAGAUGAGAAGGAAAUGAUCCGUAAUGAGGAACUAAAUCUGAAUGACACCAAUGAAUUAACACAUGAAGAGGCUGGUCUUAAUGACACUAGGGAUAUUUCACUGAUGGACAACAGCAGCACAGAACCUGACCCAUGCAGUUUAGGUCAGUCUAAUGAGUCGGAUGUUAUUGAGAAAAGCGUAGUGGAAGUGACUGCUGAGGAACCCAUCACUGAGCAAACAGAUGAAGUAGAGGACAAAAGUUCAGAUGAUACUCAUUCUGAGAUGACAGAGCUGAAACAAGUGGCAUCUGAAGUUUCACAAACUCAGGAACAUUCACAGGAAGCUUCAUCUCCAGAUGUAGAUAUUACGAAUGGACUCUCUCCUGCCAUAGACAAUGGUCUAGUGAAGGACCCUGGGAGUCUGAAUGUUGAGAACGAAAUGAAUGCUGGUGUCAUGGAGGUGGAAAAGCUGCCUCAAAAAGAAGACAUAGUCCAGGAAGUGAAUGAAGAAGCCUUGGAAACUGAGAGUCAAGAGCAACUGUCAUCUAAACCCUCUACACAAAUUGACAGCACUACUGAUAUGGACAAACCUGAAGUAAUGAAUUCUGUGGAAGAUCUAGAGAAGAGUGAAAAGUUUGCAGAGCAAGAGCACGAGACUUCAGAACCCAUUCAGAAUGGCCUGGACUCCAGUCACUCAGUGUCAUCAAGCCCCACUGAGAAAACUAGACUCACUGAACCAAGUGAUUCAGUUGCUGUAGAAGACACUGAGGCCAUAGGUGAUGUUCCCGUGUUGAGAGAGGCAAAAUUAGUGGAGGAAGUUGUAAAUGAUGCAGAAACUCGUCCUCAACAAACAGAAGAUGAAAAGGAGCAGCAGGAAAAGGAAGCUAGUGUUGCACAGAUAAACGAAGGAAAAGAAGACACUUCUGCCACCCCAAAAUCAGAGAUUCUUUUCAGCAGUAGCACAGUAGAGGUGAAGCUGAUACAGAAAGAUACGGAAGAGAGUGUGGAGGAAGUGCACGAGACAUUGGAUGAGAGUGCAGACCUAUAUCUGGGAGCUGAGGAGAUUGAAAUGGGAGCCAGCAAUAACAAGCCAUCCAAACCACUGCUGGAGCUCAUAAUUCCUGGUGUAGAGACCCAAUGUAGCGUAGCACCAGCUGUGGACAUACUGGCCUACAGUGAGAGAGAAUGGAAAGGAAACACAACCAAAAGCACUCGCAUCAGAAAGGGCUACAGUGAGAUGUCCCGUAGCUUUAGCGGUCUGAGAAGAGUCAGAGGCGAUAACUACUGUGCACUACGAGCCACACUGUUUCAGGUGCUGGCAAACAGCACAAAUAUGCCCACCUGGCUGCAGGAUGAAGACUUUCUAUUGUUACCAGAGAAGAUUGAAGCUCAGGAGCAUUUGAUUGCUAGAUGGGUGUUUCCUUCAGAAUGCAAGCCAGAGAAUGAAAAGGAAAGUUCUGUGGAGAGACUGAAAUGUUAUUUGGAUCUCCUUAAGAAGAAGUGGCAGGCAGCAGUGGCCUGUGAGAGCCCAGAGGAGAAGCACAAUUUGUGUGAGUGUGUGUUUCAAGGUGGGGACGAGGAGUAUGGUCUUCUGGAAGCACUAAAGUUUCUAAUGCUGGCCAAAGCUGUUGAGCUUCAUCAAAACAUGAUGGUAGAUCAAGAAGUGCCUGUGUUCUGCUGGCUUCUUUUUGCCCGCGACACAUCAGAAAACCCCCAAACCCUUCUGGCCAAUCACCUGAGCCAGAUCGGCUUCAGUGGAGGGGUAGAACAGGUAGAGAUGUUUCUAUUGGGCUAUGCCUUAAAGCACACCAUUCAAGCCUUCCGUCUAUAUAUGACUGACACAGAGGAAUUUGUGACACAUUACCCAGACGACCACAAGCAGGAGUGGCCCUGCGUGUGUAUCGUCACAGAGGACGAUCGCCAUUAUAACGUCCCUGUCAGGAGGAGCGUUCAACACCAGCACAGAGAAGAUAUCAGGAUAACCUAACAGAGGCCGCAGAGAACAAAUCUGAUCUACAAAGUGGCAUGAUGUUUGUUUUUCGAUAAUGAUCUGUUGGUCAUCCCGUGAAUAAAAAUAAGAGGAAGGGAAUUUACAGCAAUCUACAAAAAGAACAAAUUACAAGCAGAAGAGCUCAGGUUUUUCCCCUAAAUGAAUCACAGAGCUAACAUCAGACUGUCAGGAAAUUCUGUGAUCAACACUGGUUCAGAAAGGGAAAAAAAAGAACAACCUUUACUGCCUUUUUACUUUAACCCUCUUAUUUUUUUGUAUUAUGGACUGUUGGAAAUUGUGUUGAUCUACAUUGCCAAUAUAAAAAAAAAAAAAAUACUAAA